AUGUAUUGCAAAGCACAAUUCCUUGCAGUGCUUCCGGCGCUUCAGCUCGCCACGGCAAAUCCGAUUGCCUUCCCUCAAGGAGGAAGCACUUCCUGCCCCUCUGAAGCUUUGAACGAGGCAACUUGGAAUAACCUGGAUCUUGAUGGUUUUCUCAAGGAUGCCGCUCAAAAUCUCACUACAAACCAUGUCCAGGGGUUUGCUUCCUCGCUGGGAGCCCCCAACUUCUUUUGUGGACUUGACCAAUUUUGCAACGCCGGCCAACCUUGUCUUCCAGUCCCUCUUCCCGCAUGGUAUGCCCUGGUCGCAAUCCAGAACUAUAACAGCUAUAUGAACUCGCUCAAUACUGCCAUAUCAUUCGCCGCCUCCAUUAUGUCCUUGGAGAUACCUGCCGUUGUCGCUGACUUCUGGCCCGAACCUACAGACGAUGUUACCCCUUUCCAGAACAUGAUUUCUCUGGUCACCUCUGCUCUAAGCGCCGUUCCAUUCACUGGCUCCCUGGCCACAGUAAAUACUGUUUCUGGGGCGGUUGUCAAUUUCUUGACCAAUCAAAUGAAGGCCCCGGAGGAACCAGAUCUCUUUGUCAAAUGGAGCGAUAUUGGCGUGAGCAUCUCUACCGCCGUCAAAGACUACCAAUCUACCGUAGCGACUUCUCUCCGGACUACACUUGACUCUGAGAUUGAUAACCCAACGACGGGUAUUAAUUCCAUCUUGGCUGGCGGUGGGUUCCUAGGCGUUGCCCAAAACUUCACAGAAACAGAUAUGCAGAAAAAGGUUGCAGAUAGUAUGAAGCUUCGCUCUAUCGCUCUCUUACUGCAAGGACAAAAGGCCUACAUCUACAGAGCCACCAUUCCCGCUGACACCUGCAGGGACGAUCAGCCCUAUGACCUAUGCACUUCGAAUACUGAUGGCCCAAACUCCUUCCAACUACGAAUAGGCGACGAUACUGAUUUUAACAUCCCUAAUUUGAUGAUAACAAAGUAUGGGAUCUCCAAAGAAACAUUCUUGAAAGGCCCUUCGGAUUGCUUCGACGAACACGGUGUGCAGCUUUUCACCCCAGAGAUCCUGCCGAUUGACGCUACCGGCCAGUGUAUCUUCAACCUUGCGGUGUGCACUUUUGAUCCUCAGACUUUUCCAGGACGCACUGUCCAAGAAAACUGCAGACUACAAGGAAUUGAUGUAUAA